AUGUCAAACAAAAGAAAAAAAGAGGUUGAAGUACCAAAAAAGAAAGAAAUUAUCAAUAAAAAAGUAGAAGAAGAGGAUGAAGAUAUAGAAGAGGAACAAUUGGAUGAUUCAGUUGAAAACGAGGAUGAGGUUGUCGAAGAAUUACAAGAAGAAGCAGAAGAGGAAGGAGACGCAGAAGAAGAGGAGGAUGAUAGUCAAGGUACUGGUUUAAAGAGAAAAAAGAAAACAACUUAUAUUAUCAAACCAAUGUCAAAAGAGAGAGUUCAACAAUUAGAACAAGAGAAUCAAGAAAAAGGUAUCAUCUAUCUCUCUACUAUACCAGAGAAGAUGACACCUUCGAAAUUAAAGAAUUUGCUAUUAAAGUAUGGAACUGUUACAAGAAUGAAACUUAUCAAAGCAAAUGUCGAUCGUAAAGCAUAUAGAAACGAUAUGUACAAAGAAGGUUGGAUUGAAUUUAGUGAAAAGAAGAUCGCAAGAAAGAUAGCAUUACUCCUGCACAAUCAACCGAUGGGAGGUAAAAACAGAGAUAUUCAUAAGGAUUGUUUGUGGAACAUUAUAUAUCUACCAAAGUUCAAAUGGCAUCAUCUCAUGGAUAAAUUGGUUCAAAAGAGAUUAGAAAGAGACAAGAAGAUUCAAUUGGAGUUGAAUCGUGUAAGAAAGGAGAAUGUUCAAUUCAUGGAACAAGUCGAAAAAUCAAAGAUCAUUGCUGGUGUUAAUACAAAGAAGAACAAAGAGAACAACAAAGUCAUCAGAACAUUCAAACAGAGAUCUGUUCACGAAGAGAAACCUGAUUUCGAGCCAAAAGAAAACUCUAAAAAGAAAUUAAAAAAUUAA